UUCUCCUGGGUCCGCUCCGUGGGCUUCUGGGAGAUGUAGUAUCUGAACUUCUGCAGGAGUGGGGGAGGCCCCUUACGCAAACUACAAUUCCCGGCGGGGAGCGCGGUGAAGGGAGGUGGGAUCUGAACAUGGCGGCGGUGGUAGCUGCUACGGCGCUGAAGGGCCGGGGGGCGAGAAAUGCCCGCGUCCUCCGGGGGAUUCUCUCAGGAGAGAAGGCUUCCCAGAACAGGACCCGGGCACUGCAAAGCCACAGCUCCCCAGAGUGCAAGGAGGAGCCUGAGCCUCUGUCUCCUGAGCUGGAAUACAUUCCCAGAAAGAGGGGCAAGAACCCCAUGAAGGCUGUGGGACUAGCCUGGUACAGCUUGUACACGCGCACCUGGCUUGGGUAUCUCUUCUACCGACAACAGCUGCGCAGAGCUCGGAAUCGCUACCCCAAGGGCCACUCCAAAACCCAGCCCCGCCUCUUCAACGGAGUGAAGGUGCUUCCCAUCCCGGUCCUCGCGGACAAUUACAGCUACCUCAUCAUCGACACCCAGGCCCGGCUGGCUGUGGCAGUGGACCCUUCCGACCCUCGGGCUGUACAGGCUUCCAUUGAAAAGGAGGGUGUUACCUUGGUUGCCAUUCUCUGCACCCACAAGCACUGGGACCACAGUGGAGGGAACCGUGACCUCAGCCGGCGGCACCGGGACUGCCGGGUGUACGGGAGCCCUCAAGAUGGCAUUCCCUACCUCACCCAUCCCCUGUGUCAUCAAGAUGUAGUCAGUGUGGGGCGGCUUCAGAUUCGGGCCCUGGCCACCCCGGGCCACACACAAGGCCAUCUGGUCUACCUGCUGGACGGGGAGCCCUAUAAGGGCCCCUCUUGCCUCUUCUCAGGAGACCUGCUCUUCCUCUCUGGCUGUGGACGGACCUUUGAGGGCACCGCAGAGACCAUGCUGAGCUCACUGGACACUGUGCUGGGGCUGGGGGACGACACCCUGCUGUGGCCUGGUCACGAGUAUGCAGAGGAGAACCUGGGCUUUGCGGGCAUGGUGGAGCCCGAGAACCUGGCCCGGGAGAGGAAGAUGCAGUGGGUGCAGAGGCAGCGAAUGGAGCGCAAGAGCACGUGUCCGUCCACCCUGGGGGAGGAGCGCUCCUACAACCCGUUCCUGAGGACCCACUGUCUGGCACUGCAGGAGGCUCUGGGGCCAGGCCCAGGCCCCACCGAGGACGAUUGCUCUUCCCGAGCCCAGCUCCUGGAGGAACUCCGUCGGCUGAAGGACAUGCACAAGAGCAAGUGAUGCCUCCCACCAGCCAGCCCACCCCCAAGGUGGGGAGGCUGCCCACCGCACGCACCACACCGUCCCUCUCAUUGCUACCACCGCCACCUCCAUCGGUGCCCAUAGCAGCCAUCCUUCCCCCACACUGGUCAGGGGGAGGGGAGGGACAAGGCCAUGUGAC